AUGUCAUCGUUCCAGGUGGUGGACUCAUCACCUGGCAGCAGCGUCAGCAUCAUGGAAACGUCCAACUUUGCCCAUGUCAUCUUCCAGAAUGUCGGGAAGAGUUUCCUACCCCAGGCACCCUUGGAGUGUCGUUACACCCUGACCCCUUACAUUACUCCCCACCCCAAAGACUGGGUGGGCAUUUUCAAGGUACCACACACACGGAUGGCAGCUGCUCCUGCUCAGAUCAGGCUUCACAGACAGUUCUGCGAAUCCCACUUAACGGCAGACUUUUGUCCGUCUGAGUGA